GGAAUCAGAUGCUCAGACUAUAGAUAAAAUUUAACAGGUUUUGAAUCGAAUCAGACCGUGUCACAAAUACUAUCGACCCUUUGAUUAUCGCUAUAAAUCUCGAUCCAAAUAUCUUCGAAUUAUGUUAAACAAAAAACAAAGAAAAAGGGAAAGAAAAUAAAAAAGAUCUCAGCCUGCCCUUAUCCCAACGCCGCUCAGCCGCCCUACCCUUUUGCCGUACGCAGAUUUUUUCAAGCACCAGCUUUAUCUCCUGGAAGCAGCCGCAUCACCUCUUCAUCUCCCUCUGUCGCGGCCGCUGCUGGAGCUUCUCUGCUUCACACGGCCCCAAUCUCCUUCGCUCCUCUCCAUGGCGUGCCCUGCGCUCGCCGGAUCUCCUUCUGCUAGCGCCCAGCUGCUCCCUGCGUGCUCCUCCCGUGCAGCUCGCCGAGCGCCCUCUGCCUGCUAGCGCCAGCAGCCACGCCGCUGCUUGCUCCCCUUCCUUCUCCCUUCUCUGCUUCCCCUGCUCGCCAUGGAACUCCCUGCGUCGAGCUCGGCUCCUGCUCCAGAUUGCUCAGCUGCUUCGGGCAGAUGCUGGGGCGCUCGAUUCCCCAGCAAAAGUUAUCCGCUGCAUGCCCCUAUUUGCCGAGCACUUCAGGUGGGGGCGCCAGGAGGAUGCACACGAGUUCCUCCGCUAUGUCGUAGAUGCCUGUCACACUGCUGACCUCCGCAUGCACAAGCGGUUACGUGCAGCAGCUGCCAGUGGAAACUGUGGUGAGGAUGUCCGGGGGCAGGGGGUUUGUCUGGUUAUGAGGGAGACAUUUGGCGGGGCAUUACUGCGUCAAGUGAAGUGCCUUGAGUGCAAGGGAGAAUCUAACGAGACUGAUGAGAUAAUGGAUAUCAGUCUCGAUCUACCUGGGAGCAGUUCUGUUGCUGAUGCCCUUGCUCGGCUCUGUCCUAUGCUCCAGCUCACCCCCUCUGUUUGUUCUCACUACUGGGUCGGGUCUGCUUGGCGGGCACACCACCAUGCCCGUGGAAUUCCUCGGACCUCUCUCCUCCGUGUUGGCCGAAGCCAUAGAAAUUCCUUGCUGCGCCCAGCCGAGUUCGCCCAGGUCACAAGCAUCUAUGUCCUCGCCUCGUCGUGCUCGCUGGUCGUGCAUCCUUGCAGUUCCUUGCUUGUGAUCGCAAGCGCUCGAAGUGGAAAAACAGAGUUGAUAAAGAAGAAAGCAAAACCGUAUAGUUCGUGCAUUCAUUUAGUGUGGAAUUGGUGCUAUGAAUUUUGGGGAAGGAAUUCCGAGAAAUUAGUGGACGGUGAUGAUGAUGUUCGUGCGAUACUCGUCAGACGCUCGACCAAAAAGCCUAAUUCGGGAGUGGCUACUCCGUCUUUUUCGUCAUGUGGGAAUCGUCGUGCUGACACGUCAAUACCGUCGAUCGUCAUCCCCUGUUCGAUCUCGUCGUCAAGCUUCGCCUCAGCCCUAGUCGUCGUCUUUCACCCAGCAGCUCGUCAUGAGACCUCACCCAGCAGCUCGUCAUGAGACCUGGUGUCGAGCUCCUUUCCUAACAAAUGCCGAACCUAUCCCUGCUCCUGCGUUCGCCAACAGUCUUAACUCGUCAAUCACGCUCGCCAGAUGUUCAAUUGAGGACUUCAGCGGAAAGCCAUCGUCGUU